GUUUAUGUACCGGUAUUUUGAGCCAGGUAGAUCUCUUUGUUGUUUUCAAAGUUGGCUAUCUGUGAUCGCGGUGUUGGUGGGUGGUGGUGUCUUCAGACCAUUCCAUGGUGCAUAGAAAUUAUUAGGUGUAUUGUGACUGUUGACCUGCUAUGGACCUAGGACAUCCACAGCGUCCCCCACCAAGUUAUAACCAGGCUGUGGCCCUCCACCCACCAGGAGCCCGCACCGUCAGCGGCAGCGACACAGACGUCUCCACGUCUGCCGAGAACCUGACGCACGAGGAGAAGUAUGUGCUCAGCCAUACGGAGCGUCAGGACCCCCAGGGCGAAGAGAACCUGGUGAAGACUGCGUUGACGGGAGCCGACUUCGCCACGCCGGCAGGAGCCAUGGAAUGGGUCAAAAGCGUGGAGAAGGCUCUGAAGCGGCCGAUGGGCCCUCCGACGGGGCGUCCGCCGCCCCAGUACCCCCGGCCCGGCUCGGCGGCCGCCGCCGCGGCUGUGGCUGCCACCGGACAAAUGCCCUACAGCAGUCUGGAGAGGCUGCUGGGACAGAGAGAUGGCACAGGACCGGCGCAGGUCAACGGAAAAGAGACGAAGCCUGCUGCGAUGGGCAGCGGCGUCACUGGCACUGGUGGGGGCGGCACUAUGAGCGACAAGUCCAAUUCGUCGUCCUCCAGCCAGCUGGCGCCGGCCGAAGGCUCGUCGACGGGAUACGACGCCGGCGGAGCGGCCAGCGCGAGGGCGGACAAGUCGCCUCUGUCCCGGUCCCAGCCCGAUCUGAACCGGAAUGGUGCCGGCGACCCUCUACGGCCACCGGCUGGUCAGUACCGGGAGCCGCCCGACUACGUAGCCGCCAACGCGCACGAAAUGAUGCAGAUUCUCAUGCUGGAGAACUCCAGCCUCAAACAGGAGAUUGAUAUGUGCCAAAGAAAAGUGGCCAAACUUCAAAAGUUCGCGCGCGAACUGGAGAAGCUGCAAUCCGACUACGACGACCUGGUACGAACGUGUCAGCGGCGCGAGCAGCUCGAGUACAUCGCGCGCCAGAAGCUGACGUCCGAGGUGCGGCGCGCCACCGACCUCAACAACAGUCUGUCCAGCCAGCUGGACACCUCCAAACUGGACGAGGAUAAGAAGCAGACCGACCGGCGCGAGGUGCUCAUCAAACAGCUGGUCGCUCAGAACAAGGAUCUGCAGGCGGUCAAGGAGCGGCAGGAAAUCGAGCUGACGGCCCAGCGGGCCACCCUGCAGGAGCAGCGACAGUACAUCGACAUCCUGGACACGGCGCUCUCCAAGGCGCAGGAGAACGUCGUCAGGGUCGAGAAGGAACACUCGGAACGGCUGCAGACUCAGUACGUGGACAGAAACACGUUCGUGGAGCGAGUGACUCAGCUGCAGCGAGCGCUCACAUCCUGCCACCUAGCCGCCGACCGGCGCGAGGCGGCGCACAAGAAGAUUCGCGCCGACCUGGAGCGAGAGAUUGCCGAACUGAAGGCUGCCGUUGCCGGAAAACAGGGCGACGAUAACGGCAACUCGCGCCAGGAGGAGCUGGCCGACCUGCGGCAGAAGCUGCGGGACGCCAACGAGCGCAUCCUGAUGCUGGAGACGGAGUUGGCGCACUGCCAGCAAAAGUUCGUCGACAACACACGAGAAAGCGAGCUGAUGAUGGAGCGCUCGCUGCCGCCGCGGCUGGAGCCCACGCCGCCCCCGACCCACCAGCUGCACCAGCUCACAGGCAGCCAAUCACACGCAUCAAUGGAGGAGAGGGUACUGGGUCUGGAGGCCCGGCUGGUAGAGAAAGACGCCAUGAUCCGGGCGCUGCAGAAACACGCGCUAGAGGUGCCCGCCCUGAUGAGAAACCCGCACAGUCGACAGAGUAGCCUGCAGUCGCUGGCCGGCAUGAACUCCAGUUACGGUAUGAGCCAGCACGGCUACUCUAGUUCGGCGUACAGCAGCAGCAGUCCGGUGCCGCGGCCGCCCGGCUCCACCAACGCCGGCUCUAUGAUCAAUAUGAACCGGUUACACACAGGUGACGUUCUCAGCGGCGUCUGCUACGUCGGCGUCUGGAACAUGCCGGCCCUGCGCGGCUUCGUGCUGGCACCCCUUGUUGUCUACCUCGCCCUGGGCACCGUCUUCCUGCUGGCCGGCUUCGUCUCCCUCUUCAAGAUUCGCACCAUCAUGAAGAGCGACGGCACUCGCACCGACAAGUUGGAGAAGCUGAUGAUUCGUAUUGGCGUGUUCUCGGUGUUGUACACCCUGCCAGCCACACUGGUCAUCGCCUGUCUGUUCUACGAGCAGGCUUACAUGGACCAGUGGACUCUCGGCUGGCAGGAGCGGCAGUGCGCGCAGAGGUCGAAAUACGCCAUCCCCUGUCCGCCGCGCCUGCCCGGAGGGCCGCGGCCGCAGCCGCACUUUGAGUUCUUCAUGAUCAAGUACGUGAUGCUGCUGAUUGUCGGCAUCACCAGUGGCUUUUGGGUGUGGUCGCGGAAGACCCUGCAGACGUGGGGUCGGCUGUGCGGCCGCGGUGCGCCGCCUACGGUGUAUCGUACCCCUGACGGGCGAGUAGUACACCCAAAUAGGGUGUGAGUGGCGCGGGGCGAACGGAAAUGAAUGGACAUCAGUGAUGCGUGUGGAAGAGAGCGGAAGUGUGCUGAAACGGACGGUAAUCAUCCUGCCCUGACGUAGAUCUGACGUGAACGUCAGGGUCGGGAUCGCCGCCGUAACGUACUGCUCAGCCGCGUGCCGGAUGCGCGCCCGUAAAAACUUUGCCACUAGUGGGAUUUGAACCCACGACCCGUCUGCUGGGCUGCUGCCUUCUGUGUUCAAUGACGCUCGCUCUGCUUGGGGCCAUUGCUCUGCGUUUGUCUGUGAUGAUGUAUUGGUUCAACAUAAAUGCUACGUUGCCUUCGAAGCGCCGCUCGUCGCUGGUAGUUCGACGCUACGCCUCCUGGCGUCAUGGUUAGCUCCGAGUGGUCGAUGAGCCGUCGAAUGUGUCGCGUGUCGAGAAGCCAUUAGCGAAAGCGAGUGUGAAUGAGGGACGGCCGACUGCCAUGCCAGACCGUUUUCAGGCAGUCAGUCAACUGGGGCGAGUGUGUGAGUUGUUGUGGGGCCUGUUUGGGAGCCGGGGCAUCGCGCGCGUGCAGGCAGGGUCUAACCCGCGCCGCUGAAUCUCAUGGGGCCGCCGCUGCCUUGGCGCGCCGGUGGGCGGUGCCAGUGCCCACUCCAGUAAAAUGGCUGAGACAGGCCUGCGUUGAGAUCGGAGGCAUUGCAGAAACUGUUGUAAUUGUUGUGUGGGGAUCGUAACCUGCAAAUGUGUACUAUGACGUAUAAUAUACGUAAAUGUGCAAGCUAUCAGAUA